ACAGCUUCCUAACCUGGAAUAGUCGGCAAUUUCCACGAUUAAAUAUCUUGAUUUUCGGAGCAGAGCGACGCUUAUUUCUAUCAGAUUCACGAAAAAACGUUGUAUAUUUUUGUAAUUAUGUAUGCUGAACAAAUAUGUAUCGGAUAAGAAAAAAUAUUGAGUGAUACAACAAUAAUUGAAGACUGAUAAUGGCACAGAUAUCCAGCAAUAUUACUACAAUGAGAUAUUGUCCACCAAACAUAACUUUUACCAAUAUUUGGAUAGACCAUGGCGUGUCUAAAUGUUUCAUGGAUACUAUCUGUACUAGUAUAAUUUUUUUAUAUUUAAUUAUAUUUGGAUCGAUCCAACUUUGGAUAUAUCGCAAGUAUGGAACUGACACUGACGAAAAUACAUUACCAAAAAGCAAACUAUAUAAAUUACAAAAAUUUGUAUUGUAUCUUGUCCCCAUUUUAAGUGUAAUAAGAAUAAUUUUACAAGCUACAGUCUUGGAUGAUGGAAUGAUCUAUGGAUAUAUGAUAUUAACAACAAUAUUGACAGUCAUUGUUUAUCCAUACUCAAUUUAUAUAUUGAAAGUUGAAAGACAUAAAUUGUUGCCAAGCGUGCCACCACAUGGUCAUGGAUUAGUACUACUAGGUUUUUGGACAUUAGCAUUUGUUGCUGAAAAUCUUGUUUUAAUUAAUAUUGGAAAGAUUGAAUGGUGGUUCCACUUGAAUUCCUUGACAGAUCAAAUCGAAAUGGCUCUAUUUAUUUUGCGAUAUGUUAGUAACUUGUUGAUUUUUGCUCUUGGCUUACGGGCUCCUGGCAUUGCUAACAUUUUUGAUUCUGAUUAUCGUAUGCUUAAUGAUGACACAGUUACACGAUCACGAUAUUAUCAAAGAAGAUCAGAUAAUACUUCUACAUGGAAAAAUUUGUGGUACAAAAUUAAAAUUUUAAUGCCAUUUUUAUGGCCAAAGUCAGAUUGUUUACUUCAAUUUAGAGUUAUAUUUUGCUUCACGUUGUUGAUAGCUGGACGUUUGACAAAUCUUUAUGUACCAAUUUAUAAUAAAAAAAUCGUAGACAGUGUUACAACUGUUCCUGUGAAAUUUAGAUGGGAUAUAAUAUUGAUAUAUGUAACAUUAAAAUUUCUACAAGGUGGUGGUACAGGAGGUAUGGGUGUGUUGAACAAUUUAAGGUCCUUUCUCUGGAUUCGUAUUCAGCAAUAUACUACUCGUGAAGUGGAAAUAGAAUUAUUCAGGCAUUUACAUGGAUUGAGCUUGCGCUGGCAUCUUGGAAGAAAAACUGGUGAAGUAUUAAGAAUUAUGGACCGUGGCACAGACUCAAUCAAUAAUUUACUCAAUUAUGUUCUUUUUUCAAUUCUACCAACUAUUAUUGAUAUUAUUGUAGCCGUUUUGUUUUUCAUCAGUGCAUUUAAUAAAUGGUUUGGUCUCAUCGUUUUUACAACUAUGGCUCUUUAUAUAGCUGCUACAAUUGCGAUUACGGAAUGGCGUACAAAAUUUCAAAGACGUAUGAAUUUGGCCGACAACGCACAGAAAGCACGCAGCGUUGAUAGUUUACUGAACUUUGAAACGGUGAAAUAUUACGGUGCUGAAGCAUACGAAGUGGACAACUAUAGGAAGGCGAUUUUAGAUUUCCAAGUACAAGAAUGGAAAUCAAUAAUUACACUAAAUAUCUUAAAUUGUUUGCAAAAUAUAAUUGUCUGUAGUGGAUUAUUAUUCGGAUCGCUAUUAUGUGUACAUAUGGUUAUCUCCCAUCAAGGUUUAACAAUUGGCGACUAUGUCUUGUUCGCUAGUUAUAUAGUACAACUUUAUGUACCACUAAAUUGGUUUGGUACAUAUUAUAGAGCCAUUCAAAAAAAUUUCGUCGAUAUGGAAAAUAUGUUUGAAUUACUUCGGGAAGAGCAAGAGAUAAUAGAUGCACCAGGGGCCCAACUAUUGGAUGUCAAGCGUGGACAAGUGGAAUUCUCGAAUGUAUCGUUUGGUUAUACUUUUGAGAAACUUGUGCUUAAAAAUAUCAGCUUUAUCGUACCUCCAGGAAAAACAAUGGCACUAGUUGGUCCAUCUGGUGCUGGAAAGAGUACCAUAAUACGAUUACUAUUUCGCUUUUAUGAUGUAGAUCAAGGCGCCAUUUUAAUUGAUGGACAGAAUGUGAAAACUGUUAAACAGGAGUCUCUCAGAAGUAACAUAGGCGUUGUACCACAAGACACAGUUUUAUUUAAUAAUACUAUAAGAUAUAAUAUUCAAUAUGGUCGUAUCGAUGCUCCAGAAGCAGAUGUAAUUGCUGCUGCAAAAUAUGCAGAUAUUCAUGAAAGAAUUCUCACAUUUCCAAAUGAUUACGAAACACAGGUUGGCGAAAGAGGUCUUCGGCUAAGCGGUGGUGAGAAACAACGUGUCGCAAUUGCACGCACAAUAUUAAAGGCGCCAAAGAUAGUCCUGCUCGAUGAAGCUACAAGCGCUUUAGAUACGCAAGCGGAGCGUAAUAUACAAGCAGCAUUAAAUAGAGUAUGCGCUGGUCGAACUACUAUCAUUGUAGCUCAUAGAUUAUCUACAAUAAUUCAUGCGGAUGAAAUUCUCGUCUUAAAAGAUGGUGAAAUCAUUGAAAGAGGCAAACACGAAGAACUGAUUUCACAUGAUACUGUUUAUCAUGCAAUGUGGCAAGCGCAGCUUGAAAAUAAUCAAGAAAAUAACAAGAAUGAAAAAAAUGUUGUACAUGAAAGUGAUACCCUAAUUAGUAAUAAAGAUGAAUAA